AUGGCGCCCUCCCCAACGAUUCGCCGUCUUCUAAAAGAAACAGCGGAGCUCUCAUCUCCGUCCUCGAGUCCUAAUCCGGCAUUCUACGCCGCACCUGUGUCCGAUGCUGAUCUCCAUGACUGGCACUUCACCCUGCUCGGGCCUCCCGCUCCUUCGCCCUACGCUGGUGGCAUGUAUCAUGGGCGCAUCACAUUGCCACCAACAUAUCCAUUGAAACCACCAAACUUCCGCUUUCUGACACCCUCAGGGCGAUUUGAAGUCAAUCGCGAGAUUUGUCUGAGUAUUUCUGGAUUCCACGAGGAAACUUGGAUGCCAGCAUGGGGAGUACGAACAGCACUCACUGCGCUACGUUCUUUCAUGGCAGAACAAGGAACUGCUGGUCAAGUAGGCGGCCUAGAAGCCAGUAAAGAAGUGAGAUCACGUCUGGCAAAGGAAAGUCGUACGUGGAGGUGUGACGCCUGUAAGAAGACCAAUGAAACAAUUAUGAGAGAAUGGUGGGAUAUCUGCCAUGAGGCGGGACUCGAUGUGCAAGAAGAGGAGUUAGGUCUUGAAGCGUUGCCUGAGGGCAUGAACCUCGAAGCUCGGGCUUCCAAAGCGCAGGAGCAGCGGGCGAGGGAAAGUUCCCACCAAGAAGGACAGCACGAGGGACGGCAACGGCAAGAGACGCAGGUCCCUUCAAUCAUAUCGCUGGGUCAACGUGACCCUACAUCUCAACCUCAAACACAUACAGAUCCGCAUACACCACCACGCUCUCAGACUCACUCACGCUCUAUUUCCACCAGUACCAGCUCCCUUGUACCAGGUCCCAUUCCCCUUGUGCCUACACCCAGUGCAGAGGCAACACAGGCUAGGGCAGAAGCAGUACUCACCGCUUCCGAGCUCUCUCCCACCGGACGAUCCACGCGGCCGCUUUCAUCUCUCCAUUCUCAAUCCACACCACUCGCAGCUGCGACAGCCACGACGACCAAUCAUUCGGCACAGUCAUUACUUCCACAACGUCUUGGCGGGCGUAAUCGAGAACAACAGGCAAUUACAAUCGAUCGCGCUAUCGCGGGCGUUUUCCUUGCUUUGUGUCUGAUGGUUCUAAAGAAGAUAUUUUUUCCCGCGGGAUCGGGGGCUUCAGCCGAUGCGUUAACGAGAAACGAGUUCUAUCUACAGCGGGAAUGA